AUGGUGAAACGAUCGCGAGACGUGGCCAAGUUUGAAAAGCGGGCCAAGGCUCGGCAGGAGCAGGACAGCAAGCUUGCGCAAUCAUGGCAGUACAUCAAAGACUCUGACAACGAGGAGGAUGAGGACUAUGGACCUCGAUCUUUCAAGGAGGAAGAAUCUCUCGGUGAAAUGCUGCCUGUGCGAGGCGAAGACGGCCAGAUCAAGCGGGUGAUGCGCAAGAAGGGCGACAAAAUCAGCAAGCGAAAGCUGGAGGAGCAAGCUGAGAGACAGCGACAGGAGGAAGAGGAGGAGGCAGCUCGAGAGGCAGCAGAGGCAGCAGCAGCAGAACAGGCAGCCAAGGAGGCCGCCGAGAAGGAAGAGGAGGACGACAUUGGCGAUUCUGAUUUCGAGGAGGAAGACGAGGUCACUGGAGAGGCCCGAUUUCGAAAGGCCCAGGCCGAGAUUGCAGAACUGGCCGACCAGCUCAACGAGGACGCCGAGGAGAACAUUCACUGUCUGCGCAAGAUUCGGGAGCUCAUGGGUCGAAAGCAGUCAUUCCGGGUGGUACAACUGACGAUUCUGUCGCUGGUUCCUAUUUUCCAGUCGAUCAUUCCUGGUUACAAAAUCAGACCCUUAACCGAGGCCGAAAAGCGAGAAAAGGUGUCUAAGGAGGUCAAGAGACUACGAAACUUCGAGACGUCGCUGCUGCAGAACUACAAGGCGUAUCUAGACUACAUUAGCAAGUUUUCCAAGAAGGCCCGAGGCUCCACUGAAGGCACCAUGAAACGAAUUUUGGGAGACUCGUGCGUGGUGGCAGCCUGCGAACUUCUCAAGACGUCUGCGUACUUCAACUUCAGAUCUGACCUCGUGGCGAUUGUGGUGAACCGUGUGGGACAGAAGCCCUACGACGCCAACUACUUCAAGGCGUUGUCCACCAUCGAGUCUCUGUUUGAGGACGACUUCGAGGGUUCUGCUGUGAAGGAGAUUGUCAUGUCCUUGUCCAAGAUGAUCCGUGCAAAGAAGUAUAGAAUUGACGAGUCGUUGCUCAACUCACUGCUUAAACUGCGGUUGCUGACAGAGCUCGACGCCAGAGCUUCCCAGAGACACGUGGAGUCUCAACAAGCACCGACAGCCAAGGUGCGAAAGAAGGACCGAGUGCACCUGACCAAGAAGCAGCGAAAAACGCUCAAGGAGAAGAAGGAGAUCGACGAGGAGAUGCUAAAGGCAGAGAUGGCGGUAUCGACCGAGGAGCGAGAGAAGAUCCAGGGAGAGACGCUCAAAAUCGUCUUUGUUCUGUACUUUAACAUUCUCAAGGAACGACCACAGCAUCUCAUGGCAGCCACUCUGGAGGGUCUGGCCAAAUUUUCGCAUCUCAUCAACGCCGACUUCUUUGGCGAUCUGCUGGAGGUGCUACGGGAGCUCAUCACCGAGCGUCAAAUCCGAUACACCGACGACGGAAAGCAAGAGUUCUUGGAAACCUCUACCCGAGAGGCUCUUCUGUGUAUUGUCACUGCAUUCGUGCUGCUUGGAGGCCAGGUGGGCGAGUCCAUGAACCUCGAUCUGACCUUCUUCAUCAACCACUUCUACUCGUCACUCUACGCUCUGGGUCUCAACCCCGACAUUGAGCUGUCACACAAGUCUCUUCGUCUUGAUGAUCCCAACACCAACGAGUCCGCCAGCAAUAAGCGGUCCAAAAUCAACGUGGCCACAGAGAUGGAGAUGGUGGUGAGGUCGUUCGAGGGUAUUUUCUUGCAGCAGAAGCACGUGUCUCGGCUGCGAGUCCAGGCUUUUGCGAAGAGACUGGCUACCAUCUGUCUCCAGCUACCCGAAAAGUCGUGCAUGGCCGGUCUCAAGAUUCUCGACCGGCUCAAUAAGAAGUUCACCGUUAUGACCGCUCUGUACUCGUCCGACGACCGAAUCACCAACGGAGUGUACCGAAUGGACGUGGACCAACCCGACCAUGCCAACCCCGAAGCAUCUACCAUCUGGGAGACAGUGUUGCUGGAGAAACACUUCUCGCCAGACAUUGCCAAGGCCGCCAAACUGGUGCCCCGAAACGUCAAGAAGAACAAGCAUUAG